UUCACUCCCUCUCACUAAACUGUGGCAUGUUCUCUAGCCGCUUGUGAUACUCGCAAUCCUAAACCACGAGAGAAAACAUUGCCCCUAUAGCAGAAGGGUAGAUCGAUGGAGGCAGCCAUCGGCGCAGCGAGCUGGCUCGUCGACAAGGUGGUGACACAGCUGUCCGACGAGCUGGUGGCGGCUUACAUAGCCAGCACCGAGCUCGGCCUCAACAUGGAGCAGAUCAAGAGGGACCUCAUGUUUAUGCAAGGGCUGCUCCAUCAUGCCCGGGAGAGGAGGGACAAGAGCAACCCUGGCCUGCAAGGGCUUCUAGAGGAACUCAGAAAGAAGGCUGAUGAGGCUGAGGACGUGCUGGACGAGCUCCAGUACUUCAUCAUCCAGGACCAGAUCGACGGCACCCAUGAGGCCACCCCCGUGGUAGACGAUGGCAUCCGUGGCCAAGUCCUCCAUGGCCGCCAUGCUCUUCGUCACACCAUCGGUAACUGCCUUUCAUGCUUUUCUUCUUCUUCUUCUUCUUCUGUACCAGAGGAUGCCAAUUAUCCACAUCACACAGCCAAGUCCCGUAGUGAUGAAUCUGACUAUGUUGGCAAGUUGACAUUCAAUCGAGUAGACAUGUCCAAAAAAAUCAAGUCGGUAAUCGAGGGCAUAUAUGACUUAUGUAGCCAUGUAUCCAAUUUGCUCAAAAUUACCCAACCUGAAGAAAGAAGGGUUCUAUCACUGAAGCGACCUCCCACCAGCUCAACAAUUACACAGAAUAAAUUAUAUGGGCGGGAAGACAUCUUUAACCAGACUCUUGAUGACAUGUGCACCAUACGUAGUGAAACACUAUCAGUUCUUCCCAUAGUUGGCCCUGGUGGAAUCGGAAAGACAACCUUUGCCCAACACCUGUACAAUCACAAAAGAACAGAGGCACACUUCUCUGGCAACAAGACCUGGGUUUGUGUAUCUACUAAUUUUGAUGUGGUUAGGCUCACCCAAGAAAUCUUGAUGUGCAUAUGUCAAAAUAGAAAUGAGGAAAGUAGCGGAGCACAUGAAACAUCCAACUUGGAUCAGCUCCAAAAAUCCAUUGCAGAAAAAUUGGAUUCUAAAAGAUUUUUACUUGUCUUGGAUGAUAUGUGGAGAUGCAGCAGUGAGGGUGAAUGGGAAAGCCUACUAGCUCCAUUGAAAACAGGAGAAGCCAAAGGAAGUAUGGUUAUUGUCACCACUCGUUUUCCAUCUAUAGCACAAAUGGUAAAAACAACCAAGCCAAUAGAACUGCAAGGUCUAGAGGAUGAUGAAUUCUUCACAUUCUUUGAAGAAUGUAUAUUUGGUCAGGAAAAACCUGCGUGUUAUGAAGAUGAAUUGAUUGAUAUUGCAAGAAAAAUUUCCAAGAAAUUUAAGGGUUUCCCACUAGCAGCCAAAACCGUUGGUCGAUUAUUGAAGAAUAACCUUUCCCAGGAAAGUUGGAUGGAAGUUCAUGAAAGAAAUGAGUGGAAAAAUCAGCAAGAUGGUGAUGGCAUAAUGCCAGCACUACAAAUAAGCUAUGACUACCUACCUUUCCAUCUGAAAAAGUGUUUUUCUUAUUGUUCCCUUUACCCUGAGGACUACCGGUUUGGUAAUUUAGAGAUUACUUAUUUUUGGGAAGCAUUAGGCAUCAUAGCUUAUGGAGAUCAAAAUAAUAAAGCUGACCAUGUAGGAUUAAAGUAUUUGAACGAACUAGUAGGUAAUGGUUUUCUCAUGAAGGAAGGUGAUGAUAGUAGGCCAUAUUAUGUAAUGCACGACUUAUUACAUGAUCUAGCACGAAAUAUUUCGUCACAAGAGUGCAUUGACAUAAGUUCAUAUAACUUUAGGUCUGAUAGCAUCCCACAAUCUAUUCGACAUGUAUCUAUCACCUUACAAUAUGAUGAGUAUGACCAAAGUUUUGAGAGAGAAUUAGAAAAAUUCAAGACAAAAAUAGACAUAGUAAAUUUGCGGACUUUGAUGCUUUUUGGAAAAGGCAAUGCAAACAUGACCUUUUUCAAAGAUUUGUUAAAAGAAACAAGAAGUCUUCGUGUUCUAUUUAUGCAUGCAAACUCGCCCGAAUCUUUCCCACAUGACUUUUUCAAACUAAUCCACCUUCGGUAUCUAAAGUUGAAAAUACCUUAUGGCGUAGAACUAUCUCUACCAAAUGCAAUAAGUAGAUUUCAUCACUUAAAUUUUUUGGAUCUAGGGAAUAGUAUAUGUAUUUUGCCAAAAGACAUGAAUCGUCUAUUCAAUUUACACCUCUUUCUUGCUAGAAAAGAACUUUGUUCCAAUAUUCCUGGGAUUGGUAAAAUGAAGUAUUUACAGAGGUUGGAAGAGUACCAUGUUAAGAAAGAAGACAUUGGGUUUGAUCUGAGUGAGCUAGGGGAUUUGACAGAGCUUGGAGGUGAACUGACAAUAUUUAAUCUUGAGAAUGUGGCAACAACGGAAGAAGGUAAUCAAGCCAAAUUGCAGUUGAAAAGAAAUUUGAGAAGAUUGACGCUAAUUUGGGGUGCGGUGCAACAGACGACAGGAUCUGAUGUUCUUGAUGGCCUGCAACCACAUUAUAAUCUUAGAGCACUUGGCAUAAUAAACCAUGGUGGUCCCACUGGUCCUGGUUGGUUGUGUUCCGAUGUUCGUAUAAAUGGCCUGAAAUGUCUACAUUUAGAGGGCAUAUCUUGGAGAACACUCCCACCUUUGGGGCAACUAAUGCAUUUGGAGGAACUUACUUUGAUCAAUAUUGCUGGGAUGCGUCAAUUUGGACCUGAUUUUGGUGGUGUUACGAAGAAGAGUUUCUUACACUUGAAGAAAAUUGAACUUGUUGGUUUACCGGAACUUGUGGAGUGGGUUGGGGGAGAUCAUUGCCAUAUGUUUUCAAAGCUUUUAAGCAUCAGAUGUGAAGAUUGUCCUAAUCUCACCGUGCUCCUGCUGCCAUCGUUUGAGUGCUCUAUCUCUGACACAAAAGACAUAAACACCAUAUGGUUUCCCAACUUGUGUUCUCUUAAGAUUCGAAAUUGCCCCAGGUUGUCACUGCCUCCCCUGCCUCACACUUCCAUGCUAACCUGUGUUACUGUGAAAGAAGAUGAUACAGAUUUGAUGUAUUUUGAUGGAAAAAGUCUGAGGUUAAAUCGCUACGGUAGUGCUUUGGCCUUCCAUAACCUGAACAAAGUAGAAGAUAUGGAAAUUGUAGACAUGCCGCUCGUUUCAUGGACUGGUCUCCAAAAGCUGAACUCCCCCAGAAGCAUGCAAUCGAUGGGUCUGCUCUCAAACCUCUCAUCUCUCACUCAUCUAGAACUAGUAAAUUGUGAUAACUUAAGAGUCGAUGGUUUUGAUCCUCUCACCACAUGCAACCUCAAGGAAAUGGCAGUUUACAAUAGUAAAAACCAUCACCCCUCCAUAGCAGCGGAUUUGUUCUCAGUGGUGGCAAUGAUGGAAGUAAUACCUGCAGGUUCCUUCCAGCAGCUGGAACAACUCUCGGUGGACAGCAUCUCAGCAGUGCUUGUUGCCCCCAUUUGCAACCUCCUGGCUAGCACCCUCUGUAAGAUGGAAUUCCCGUAUGACAUGUGGAUGGAAAGCUUCACCGAAACGCAGGAGGAGGCGCUUCAGCUCCUCACCUCCCUCCAAUGCCUAGGAUUCUAUGUGUGUCCCCGUCUGCAGUCCCUCCCAGAAGGGUUACAUCGCCUUUCUUCACUUCGUGAACUAAUUAUCCAUAAAUGUCCUGAAAUCAGAGCGCUUCCCAAGGAAGGGUUCCCCGCAUCACUGAGAUAUGUAUUUGCAUACGAGGGCAUCAGUGUUGAUCUAAAGGAUCAACUCAAGAAACUAAAAGCAUCAACGCCAGGUUUACGUGUGGUUUCAUCGCUAACCAACUUAGUAAAUUAAUGCGAGCUACACAAGAUUACAUGAAGGCCAGCAAUCUAGAGCAUCACAACAGUUUGCACGCAUGCAGCUGCGUAAUAAAUCUGAAACCCGCCCGCCCUGCUAUGGUCUGAUGUCAUCAGAUCCAACAGCAUCAAUUAAGCCAUGGUGAUCGCUGCUCAAGGAGCAUUCCUCUCUUCAUUGAGAUAUCCAAGGGCAAGACCGCAAGAGGAUGCAGCAUCGUCUACAGGAUCAACUCAAGAAAAUAGCUAGGAGAAUUAGACCCACAUUUGGUAAAAGUGCCAGGGUGAUCCAAAGUGAAAUUUAGGUAAUAAAAAGUGACCUAAAGUGCAAUUCACUCAAUAACUUUACAACGCACUGCAGAAGCUGAUAUGUUCUCUGUUAUCUUUGGUAGCGGUGGAGGCAGCCUAGGAAAAUCUGGCUAUACUGAGAUGUUUGUCAUUUAAAAAGAGAAGUCUAUCUUCAAUUAAAAUAACACCAAAAUGCCUUUAUGCAUUCAUCAACGAGCCAGGGAAGCAUUUCAAGCGCAGGACUUGCCCGUCCAGUAGGGCACCCAAGACCCAGCACGCGCGCCCAACGUCAUUCGUCCGGUCGUCGCACGUCCUUUGCAGCCGCUAAUUUUCCUCCCUCCUAUUGGGCUGUGACAUAUAUAUAUAUCUAAAAGUCUAUUUUACCUCCCUCUUCUUGGGCUGUGGUAUAUAAAUAGCUAAAAUAAGUCUAUUUAAGGUCCCUAUUCUUUGGACAAUUACAUUUAUAUGUCUAUUUUAGUCCCUAUACUUUAUGUGCCGGGCCUAGCCUGCCGGCCCAUCGUGCCGGGCCGGCCGGUCGGGCCAGCGUGCCGGUGGGGAGGCCCAGACACGGCCCGGCAGUCGGGCCAUGCCGUGCCGUGCUUGGGCCGGGCCAAAAAGCCGUGCCAUGGGCCGGGCCUUCGGGCCUCGGGCCUUAUGGCCAUCUAUAAUUGAGAGCGAUUUUUUUUUUCUGUGGAAAUCUACCAAUCCAGAAGCUUAUCCACAAAUCAUCAAUUUAACAUGCAUCAUAUAUGGUUCGGCACCAUUCAGAUUCGCCAGUGGAAACUGAUUCUAUGUACGCCUACUAACUUCAAAAUCUUCUUAUUUUCAUAGGCAACCUGUCCAGCUGUUUUCGAUAACAGAGGUACAUGGCGAUGUGGUUAUGUUUGUAGCUUUCUUGGGAGUUCUGAACAAACCAUUUGUAACACAUUAGCAGGUGAUUACAUGGCUUGUUUUCCCACAGAAAUUACAGUUUUGUUGUUAAGGGGCAAUACCCGAAUUCUUGGAGGAUCAUUGUUUCCAUUUCAUUUCGUUCAAAAGAAAUUUGUUUCCAUUUCAUCAUCUGGUAGACUGGUAUGUUCAUAGUGUUAGUUAGCAUGAAAGGUUCGGAUCAUGUGAUCACGACCUGACAGCUUGCAUGCAUGUAGUUGUUGAGGUUAGUUUGGAUUAGGUUAGUCUAUCCAUGCGGAUCAGGUUAGCCUUUCCUCCACAUGCGAUAACAGAUGUUUGUUAGAGUUUGUUUUCUGUUUUCUGUUACUGCAUGCAGUCGUUUCAUCAAUCUCGGCUUCGGUUGUUCUCAGCUGCGCCGAACUCUGUAUCGCCACGAUGGGGGCUGUUCCCAUCACAUAUAUAUUAACACGAAGGCGACGCACAGGAUUAGUGCGAUCGUUUCCACCCAAACUAA